UGCUGCCUCUAGUGCCCUUUAGAUCCUGCUGAGACGGGUUUAAAUCACGUGGUUAACUGCCUGAAAGAUCUAUUACCCAGGCCAGUUUUUAAACAAUUAUUCGUUGUUUUCAUGCAUUCUUUAACACACUUUGUCUGAUCAGUGGCGACUGGUUUGAAGUUAUCCAGAAGAGAAAUUUAGUUAGUAAGUAAGUAAGUAAGUAAUCAGAGGUAAUCCAAUAUGUGGCUAUAUUUACAUAGUACAUGUAGAUAAACGCAGAGCCAUGCAGAGAAGAACGGAGAAGUGUGCGUCAGAUGACGGAAGCCAAUCUGUGCUCAGAAUGGUGAAUACAUUUGCAUCGAAUUUUCCAACAAUCGCGCUCGCUUUUAUGUUUAGCCCAUGCAUCAGAGAGUCUUCAGUGGACUGGUUAGGUUACGAGAAGUGUAGUUGCCUGAGUGCUUCCAAACAGAAGAUUCGUACUUAGACCGAACGCCAUGUCUUACGCUAAGAUUGCCCCGGCUCUUGCCAGAGCCAGUUCCGACAAGUUAUUGCGAAUGAGGUUUGCUCAAGAAAGGCUCCGAUCAUCAGCAGCAUCACCGCAGCGUCAAGAGAAAACGGAUGAAUCUGUCCGAGAUCAAAAUUGCACUGUGGUGGAGAGGCCAGUCGAGGUGGACCUCAUCAGUCAGACUAAAAAUGCAGAUAAUCAGAAGACAAACAUAUCGAUCAACUUUGAAAAUACUCAAGAGGCCUACAAGAGCAAAAACAACCUAGAACUUAUGAGAAGUUUACUGGUCUUUAAGAUGUGCACGAUUGACUUCCUGGUGGACAAAAACAAAGAGCUCAUGGACAUCACCAAGAAAGUUCUGGGCCAGAGACUGUUUGAGAAGAUCAUGAAGAUGACUUUUUAUGGCCAGUUUGUGGCGGGAGAAGACCACAAUGCCAUUAAGCCUCUGAUCCGCAAGAACCAGGCUUUUGGUGUCGGCUCCGUCCUAGACUACAGUGUGGAGGAGGACCUCACCCAGGAAGAAGCAGUGAAGAAGGAAAUGGAAUCCUGUGUGUCUGUUGCAGAGAAAGAGAGUCCAGGCAAGGACCACAGGGAGAAGAAAUACAAAGCUCACCGCCAGUUUGGGGACCGUCGUGGAGGAGUGACCAGCGCUCGCACAUACUUCUAUGCUGAUGAGUCCAAGUGUGACCAGCACAUGGAGACCUUCCUAAAAUGCAUCAGAGCCUCUGGGGGGGCUGCUGUGGACGGAUUCUCCGCAAUCAAGAUGACCGCCCUUGGCCGUCCACAGUUUCUGCUCCAGUUCUCUGAGGUUCUGGUGAAGUGGCGGAGCUUCUUCAACGUCCUUAUUGCUCAGCAGGGGAAGGCAGACAUGGCCGCCGUGGAGCAGAAACUUGAGAUGGAGCAGCUGCAGGACAGUUUGACUCAGUUGGGUGUGUCAAAGUCUGACAUUGAGACUUGGCUGACUGGGGAAAAGCUUGGAUCAUCAGGAACCAUUGACCUCCUUGAUUGGAACAGUCUGAUUAACGAAAGGACCAAGAUCUCAAAACUGCUUGUGGUUCCAAAUGUUGAGUCUGGCCACCUGGAGCCUCUCCUGGACAAAUUCACUGAGGAAGAGGAUAAACAGAUGAAGAGGAUGUUGCAGAGGAUGGACGUGCUGGCCAAGCAUGCAGUAGAGAAUGGAGUGAGACUCAUGGUGGAUGCCGAGCAGACCUAUUUCCAGCCUGCCAUCAGCCGACUGACCCUGGAGAUGCAGCGGAGAUUUAACCAGGAGAUGCCCGUCAUCUUCAACACCUACCAGUGCUACCUGAAGGACGCCUAUGAUAACGUAACUGUCGAUGUGGAGCUGUCUCGCCGUGAAGGCUGGUACUUUGGUGCCAAGCUGGUGCGUGGGGCCUACAUGUACCAGGAGAGAUCCAGAGCUGCAGAAAUCGGCUACGAGGACCCCAUAAACCCAGACUAUGAAGCCACCAAUAGGAUGUACCACAAGUGCCUGGAGUAUGUUCUGGAAGAGAUUGAGCACAACAGGAAUGCGAACGUCAUGGUUGCAUCACACAACGAGGACACAGUGAAAUUCACUCUCGAAAAGAUGAGGGAUAUGGGCCUCUCGCCACAGGAACACAAAGUGUACUUCGGCCAGCUGCUCGGGAUGUGUGACCAGAUCAGCUUCCCCCUGGGUCAGGCGGGAUUCCCUGUGUACAAGUAUGUACCUUACGGGCCGGUGAACGAGGUCAUCCCUUACCUGUCGCGCCGUGCACUGGAGAACCGUGGCUUCAUGAAGGGCUCCCAGCGCGAGCGCAGCCUGCUCUGGAAUGAGCUCAAGCGCCGCUUCCUCAACGGCCAGGUCUUUUACAGGCCCGCCUACUGAAGUGGGAAUCUUGUAGGGGGGGCAAAAGAACUAGGCGGCACAAAGUGAAAAGGUGGCGGACAAAGGACAAA